CGUCUCCGCGAGACUCUUCGCCGAUCCUCGAUCGCGAGCGCGUCGCGUUUUGGUAUCGUGUAUUCACUUAUAAUAAAACAGACGCCGCGAGUGUGCUUCCCCCGCCUCUGGCACUUUAAUUACAAUCGCUUAUCUCUGUGCGAUUACGCAUAUAUAAUACGUCGCGGCGCGUGUUUCUGUGCAUCGAGUGCGUGUAUACAGUGUGCGAGCGCCGAGUAUAAAAAGUACACAAUACUCACCGGCUGCAGGAGAGAGAGAGAGAGAGAGGAGUGUAAUACAGCGCGAUGCAUCGUCGAUAGACCGAAGAGAGAAGAGAAGUCAGUUCGACGCGUCGCCGCCGGCGUCUAUACAAGUCUGUAUAUACAAAAUAUACGUCCUCGCUGUACACCUUAUACUGCAGUGAGUCAUUCGGAAGCCAAGCGCGCAAGUUUUCCGGCCGCGCGCGAGUGCACGUCUGCGUGUGUGAGAAGAGGAGAGAGGUAUUUCGAGAAUCAACGCCGGCUCGCAUAGCCUGCAAGUGAGUAGUCGCGCUAGAUCAGCGAUGAGGCCGACUCUCUUUCUGACGGCGUUGAGCUGUCUGUCGCUGUGCUCGCACAGGGCUACGGCAUCACCGGGCGGUGCGCCUCUGUCGACCUGCAACACCCUCAUGCCGCUCCACGCGGACAAGCAUCCCCAGAGCUCGAGUCCGCCGUACCAGCUGCUGCCGUCCAAGGGCCAGGGCAGGAUCAGGCUGAUAAUGGGCAGCCCCAAGGGCGAGGGCUUCGAGGGAUUCCUCAUACUGGCGAGAGACGUCGACACGGGCGAACUCGUCGGCGAGUUCAACAAUCUGCCCGAGACCUCGAGACACCUCGAGUGCUCCGCUGGGCUGAAGAACGGCGUGACGCACGUCAAGCCCGAGAAGAAGCACAACCUCGAGAUCGACUGGGAGCCGCCCGCCGACUACGAGGGCACGAUCAUAUUCAACUCGACGAUCUGCAAGACCUGGGAUGUCUUCUGGGUCGGCGUCGAGUCGCCCCGCAUCACGGUCGUCAAGCGCUCCAUCGACAUACACUCGUCGCCCCCGACGAUUACCUUCCCGCGCGUAACCACUCCGCCGUACUACAGCCCGACCCCCGAGAACCUGGACAACGCCCCGACCAACGCGUUCUACGAGGGCUGCGGCUCGACCAAGAACUGCUUCGGCCUGGCCGACGGCUGCGUCGACCAGAAGAACUGCCGAGCCGCGGUCUCGGUCCUCGUCGAGGGCGAGCGCUACAUCUUCGAGAUGCAAGCCACCGACGCGCAGUACGUCGCUGUCGGGCUUUCCGAUGACACGAAAAUGGGCGACGACAGCGUGGUCGAGUGCGAGAACAGAAACGAUCGAGUCUCCCUCCAGAUGUCAUGGAACGAGGGCAAGCGUAACAGGCGCAUCGCCAAGCCGUCGAACUCCGUGGAUCUGCUGUCCGGCUCUGCGCAAGACGGCAUCCUCACCUGCAGGUUCUCGCGCAACAAGAUAACGGUCGUCGAGGGUCGGCAGUUCGACCUCGUCUCCAAGCCCUAUCACCUGCUUCUCGCCGCUGGUAGCAGCCUCAAAGAGGGCUCCGUGGGCUACCACGACAUCGGCAAGGCCAGUUCCGGCGAGCCGAAGCUCCUCUCGGACGUCGGCUCAGGCCUGGGCUCGGCGAGCGACCUCCUCAUCCGCAUCCACGGCGGUCUCAUGUUGGCGUCCUGGAUAGGAACCGCCUCCGUCGGCAUGCUGCUCGCGAGGUACUACAGACAGACCUGGGUGGCCUCCCAGCUCUGCGGCAAGGAUCAGUGGUUCGCGUGGCAUCGAUUCUUCAUGUUCCUCACGUGGUCGAUGACGCUCGCGGCCUUCGUCAUCAUCUUCGUCGAGCUCGAGUCCUGGAGCUCGGCGACGUAUCACGCCUCGGUGGGUCUGGCCACGACGAUCCUCUGCUUCAUCCAGCCGUUCAUGGCGGCCAUGAGGCCUCAUCCCGGCGCGCCGAAGCGAGCUCUCUUCAACUGGGCUCACUGGUUCGUCGGUAACGCCGCCCACAUUUGCGGAAUAAUCGCCAUAUUCUUCGCUGUGAGACUGUCGAAGGCCAAGCUGCCCGAGUGGGUCGACUGGAUACUCGUGGCCUACGUCGCCUUCCACGUGCUAACUCAUCUCGUCCUCACGUUCGCCGGCUGCGCCUCGGACAAGCAGGGAAGCCAGAGGGUGAAUUCCUUCCCCAUGAAGGACGUGCACGCCCGCAAUUCCAUGACGCAUCCGGACGCGAGACGAGACGCCCCGCACGCCGGCCUGCGGAAGCUCGUCUUCGGCGUCUACUUCGUCGUGGUGGUCCUCCUCUGUGCGGCCCUCGUCGUCAUCGCAGUGCUCGCCCCCAUUAAGGACUCCUGGGACAGUUUCACCGACAACUUCAAGAGCAACUGAGUCCCGUACCCCUCGACGCACGGCCUGGUGGAAAGAGCCGCGGCAUCGCGGCAGUAAAUCGCCGAAUCGGCUUGUAUAAAUAAAAGAGGAAAGGAAGAGCGAGUGAGCGUGCGAGAGAGUUUAUACGAGCCCUCGUAUAACUGGCCCGCUCGCAGUAUUUGCCGCUGUGCGUUAUAACGCCGACUCCUCUCGGACGUGCGGCUUCUGUAUGUUUCGAGAGCUUUUUUCCCUCGGCUAUUUUUCCUUUCCCCCGCCUGCGGAGCGCUAUACGCGUGUGCCAUAUACCUUUUUACAACAACGCUGUGCGUCGAUCGCGAGCUGCGUGUUCUCUCUCUCUCUCUCUCUCUCUCUCUCUCUCUCUCUCUCUCUCUCUCUCUUUUACCUUUUCGUCUCGGGAUUUUCGCGCGGCAGCCGCGAUCGUAAAUGGUUAAUGCAAGGGAUGCAUCGGUGUAAUUGAAAAAAGCAUCGGGAAAUUCAAUCCGCGAAUGAGACGGAGAGCGAGAGGAAAAAUUUUCCUCGUGUCACGAAUAAAAGACACAGCUCCACUUCAAAGUAGCGCGAAAAGUGUCCAGUUUUGCAGCGGAAGGAAAAAAAAAAGUAGAGUAUGGAGCGAAAGAAAGGGGGAAAAGAAAAGCCGAGGCGUAAAGGAGCGCCACACACCGAGAGGCUUUGAGCGAAAAGAAAGACGCCGCGGUCGCUCCACUUUAAAAGUCUUCGCUCUCUCAGCCGUUGCUGCUGCUGCUGCUACGCUGGUAUAUAGCGUCGGCCCUUUCGAGAUUACGACGAUCGCGCGAAAUCUUUAGCGCUCUCUCUCUCUCUCUCUCUCUCUCUCUCUCUCUUUCUUUUCGUUGCUGCCGCCUCGCGACGAGCCUUCAUUGUUCCAAAGGGAGGGAGGGAGAGGGCUCCAUUUUAUACUUCGGCCAUUUCUCCGAGCGAUGGAUCCUAUUUAUUGCGCUUAUUAUUGAGGCAGUUUAUAGUGCUAUUUUCUCUUUUUUUUUAUCAUUUCAUCUUCAUCUUCAUCUUCAUUGACGUUACGGCGGCGCUCAUCUUGCGGUAUUACGUGGGGGAUGAGCUAUUUCGUCGUGGUGAUAAUGGAGGAGUGAUUUUUUUUUUUUUUUUUGACGGAUGCUUUUAAUUCACGUUCACUGGGGAACGUCGCGUAUUUCUAGAGAGACUUCUUUGUACGGUAAAUUCGAUAAUGUAUUCCGCGCACAUGAAAAAGGUCGUUCGGAGAGGAAAGCAUUUUGAAAAAUCUACGUUUUUUAUUCAGCACUGACAGGCGGAAAACGUUGACAGGACGAAUUUGAAUAUAUAAUAAAGUUUAUUCAUCGACUUACAAGGAAAAUUUGUCGUAAACAUAAUUCUACCAAGUUUUUAUUAAAUUUAAUAUUUAUUACCGAUAAGAUUGUAAAAGUUAUUUUAUAUUUUCUCUAGCCUAAGGUUUUUAAUAAAGCUACUCGUUCGGUAGCCGCAUUUUUGAGGUAUAAGAGAAUGCGCGCAGAGCGCUAUGGACAUCAUCGUAAAAUGUACAGCAAAGUAGUUUGGAUCACGUUAUGAUGAAUUUCGAAAUUCGCGUAAUUCUGCCAUGGCAUACUUUCGAACAAUGCUGCAUGUUGAAAAAGAAUAUCGUAGAAUUUUCGCCAUUACAGUUCCAUUAUAAAUAUCGUAAAGGAAACCAAUUAUCUGCAAUGUUGAAGAGUUGGAAAACGUGGUGCAAUCUCAUACAAUCAUACAGCAAUGUCGAUCAUAUUCAUUGUAAAACGUACAACGAAGCGCAUUCCUUUUCGAUAUAUAGGAAAUUCAAGAAAAAUGUAGAGUUACAUAAAGUGUUCAAUCAUAUAAUUUUUAUUUUUUACACUACUACUACUACAUUCUGCGAUAUUAUACGAACCACUUGUACUACUCUCAUAAGUCAUAAAAACGAAUGUAUCCGUAUAGAGCGUUAAGUUCCAGCGAUAUUAUUAUGUAUAACCCAACAUUGUACGUACUUAAUUAAGGUUUAAUUUAUGAUGCUGAUCUUCGCAGUAUUAGACUUGCAGUGUGUUUAUGUUCUUCACGUCGUGUAAGCUUGUUCGUAUCCCUAAUUAUUAAGUUUAUCAUUCGGGAUGAAAAUUUUAAUCAGAGUGUACGUUGAAUUUACGACACGCCGCGCACCUUAUGCGCGCUGAGAAUCGAAACAUAAACAACAUGCAUACAUGUAUACAGAGCGAGAAUACUCGAAGAUUAAUAUAAGCAGUGUUGCACACAAGAUCAUGUACUUAGACCAUAUAUACUAUCUAUUUUUAUCAAAUGCAAACUUCAAAUAUAACGAAUAAUAAAUAUUUUUACUUCAAAA